AUGGCUGCUCCAACGCAGCUGCAGUUGUCUCAACAUAGUGCAGAUGCUGAGGAUUUUUGUCCGUUCCAGUACAUCGGUGUCCGGGAUUCGAUACCGCCACGUCGGCUUCGGGAUGCAACGAAGACAAGUGAGGUGGAAGUAGUUGAGUCGGCAUGCCUGCUUCCUGUACACCGUCCAGGUCUCUGCUCCGUACAACAGCGUCGGGGGGAUGACGGCCUUGUACAUCUUAAGCUAUGUGCUGAGCUGGAGACCGUGACGAUUCCAGACUGUGCUUUGAAGGCCAUCGAAGGCUGGACUGGCCUUCGAAAUCCGGCGGGCCACUUCAUCGUCGAUUUUCGUGCUGCGGGAGAGGAUGCUGCUCAGGUACAGGAAGUUCUCCACCACUUGCAUUUGGGUUCCGUUCACGAUGAUUUGCGGCGCGGCAUGAGGAGGGCUGUGUUGGGUGGUGGUAAGUGCAUGACCACUGUCUUCUGCGUGUUGAUGACCAGACCGAAUGCCACUGAGACAGCUCCUUUGUCCGUGACUCGCGCAAGCAUGCUACCGUGGAGCUGACGCACCAUCUGAGUGAAUCGAUCGGGACGGCCGAAUUUCCGCAUAAUUUUCCACAAUCCUUCACGAUUCAACGUGUCGAAGGCUUUCGUCGAAUCCACAAAAGUAGAGUACAGGUGGAUCCGCAUCUCCUGACACUCCUCCUGCAGUUGACGGUCGACGAAGAGCAUGUCCGUGCUUCCACAAUGACGGUGAAAGCCUCACUGGCUUUCCGGCAAGAGGCCCUGUUCUAG